CCAUAUCCAAUCAAUUGCAAAUAAAAAUCAAUGUGGAAAUUGUAGAUGCCAUAAUAAAAAAUUAAAGAAAAAUAAAAAUCCAAGGCCCAAAAUAACCCCGACGCUUUAUAUAUGUCACGACACUCGACUACAGCAGAGAGAGAAUAAUUAUCACAAACCAACAAAACCUUAAAACCCAUUCUUACGUCUGACAGACCCAUUAAUGGUGACCGAUUCGGGCAGCAAAGCCGCCGCCUCGAACGGCGAGGAGGCGGAGAGAUGUUCGGUGGAGGAGGUGGCGCUGGUGGUGCCGGAGACGGACGACCCGAGCCUCCCCGUGAUGACAUUCCGUGCAUGGGUGCUGGGGGUGUCCUCGUGCGUGCUCCUCAUGUUCCUCAACACUUUCUUCAUCUACAGAACUCAGCCGCUCUCCAUCUCCGCCAUCCUCAUGCAGAUUGCGGUGCUGCCCGUCGGGAAGUUCAUGGCGGCCACGCUCCCUCGGAAGGAGUACACGGUGUUUGGGCGCUGGCGCUUCAGCCUCAACCCGGGCCCCUUCAACAUUAAGGAGCACGUGAUUAUCACGGUCAUGGCCAAUUGUGGGGUCUCCACCGGCGGCGGCGACGCCUACUCCAUUGGCGCUAUUACUGUCAUGAAGGGUUACUACAAGCAGAGCUUGAAUUUCCUCUGCGCUCUUUUGAUUGUCUUGACCACUCAGAUGGUGGGAUAUGGAUGGGCUGGGAUGUUGAGAAAAUACUUGGUUGAUCCAGUUGAGAUGUGGUGGCCUUCCAACGUCGCCCAAGUUUCCUUGUUUAGGGCACUUCAUGAGAGAGAGCCCAAGUCAAUGGGGAUGACGAGGAUGCGAUUUUUCCUCAUCUGCAUGGCAGCAAGUUUCAUCUACUACUUAUUCCCAGGAUACCUGUUUCAGAUUCUGACAUUCUUCUCUUGGGUGUGUUGGGUGUGGCCUCACAGCAUUACGGCUCAGCAGAUUGGCUCCGGUUACCAUGGACUCGGUGUGGGUGCAUUCACCCUCGACUGGGCUGGAAUUUCCGCCUACCAUGGCAGCCCGUUGGUGACACCGUUUUCCUCUAUUCUGAAUGUCAUGGUUGGGUUCAUCAUGUUCAUAUACAUCAUUGUCCCUGUGUGUUACUGGAAGUUCAAUACCUUUGAUGCCCGCAAAUUCCCUAUAUUUUCUAACCAGCUGUUUACUUCGAGCGGCCAUAAAUAUGAUACUACUAAGAUCUUGACUCCACAAUUCGAUCUUAAUGUGUCUGCCUAUGACAAGUAUAGCAAGCUCUACCUUAGCCCUCUGUUUGCCCUCUCGAUUGGAUCAGGAUUCGCGAGAUUCACAGCCACGCUCACCCAUGUGGCGCUGUUUCAUGGCAGUGAUAUCUGGAAGCAAAGUAGAGCUGCAGUGAAGAACGCAAAAGCAGACAUUCAUACGAAGCUGAUGAGAAGUUACAAGCAAGUGCCUCAAUGGUGGUUCCUGGUUCUACUAGUGGGCAGCAUCGUGUUAUCCCUACUGAUGUCGUUUGUUUGGAAAGACGACGUGCAGCUACCUUGGUGGGGGAUGCUCUUCGCCUUCGCAUUGGCUUGGAUCGUCACACUCCCUAUCGGAGUUAUUCAAGCCACUACGAACCAGCAACCUGGAUAUGACAUAAUUGCGCAGUUCAUCAUUGGAUACAUCCUUCCAGGAAAACCCAUUGCAAAUCUGCUCUUCAAGAUAUACGGACGAAUCAGCACGAUCCACGCUCUCUCAUUCCUGGCGGAUCUCAAACUUGGCCACUACAUGAAGAUCCCACCUCGGAGCAUGUUCUUGGCUCAGCUGGUUGGAACACUAGUUUCCGGGACAGUGAACCUGGGAGUCGCAUGGUGGAUGUUGGAAAACAUCGAGAACAUCUGCGACAUAGAGUCAUUGCAUCCGGAGAGCCCCUGGACGUGCCCCAAGUUCCGUGUGACCUUUGAUGCAUCGGUGAUUUGGGGUCUGAUCGGGCCGGAGAGGCUGUUCGGAGCAGGAGGAUUGUAUCGGAACCUGGUGUGGUUGUUCCUGGUUGGAGCGGUGUUGCCGGUUCCGGUGUGGAUGUUGAGCAAAAUGUUCCCAAACAACAAGUGGAUACCCCUUAUCAACAUACCAGUCAUCUCCUAUGGUUUUGCCGGAAUGCCUCCGGCCACGCCCACCAACAUUGCUAGCUGGAUUGUUACGGGCACCAUAUUCAAUUACUUCGUCUUCAAAUAUAGAAGAACGUGGUGGCAACGAUACAACUACGUUUUAUCGGCUGCACUGGAUGCUGGGACGGCUUUCAUGGGAGUCCUCUUGUUUUUCGCUCUGCAGAAUGAGGGGAAGAAUGUCAAGUGGUGGGGGUCGGAGCCCGACCACUGCCCGCUCGCCACCUGCCCGACUGCCCCGGGGAUUGUCGUCCCAGGUUGCCCUGUUUUCCGCUGAACUUUUGCUGCAAUUUUCACUAGUGUAUAUUUAUUGUGUUGGGUAACUUGGGUUGCUGUAAAUCACAUAAUAUCCUCUCAAUUCCUCUUACAUCCAUUCAUCUGCAAA